GUCUAUGUACUCCUUAGAACUAUUAUAACCUCCAACACUGUACCACUUGAAACCAAACAAUGACGUGGGUAGUCGCUCUGUGUCUGGGGCUGUUGUUGCCCCUGGGUCACUCCAAGACAGUCCACAUCUACGUCAGCCCCAAGGGCUCAGACGGGAACUCGGGGUUGGAUGCCUCCCACCCGGUUGCCACCCUGGACAAGGCCAGGCAGUUACUGGACAGCAGUGGGAUCAAGGACAACACGGUGUACGUGGAGCUGAUGGGAGGCUACCACAACCUGCAGUCCACCCUACACUUCACCCACGCCUACUCCCAGCCUGUCACCUUCAGAGCCUACCAGGACCAGGAGGUCCACGUGACAGGAGGCAAGCAGAUCCCAGCAAACCUGUUUACCCACGUGACAGACAGCAACGUGCUGAAUAUGCUGCCAUCAAAUUCAAGGUCAAAGGUGAUGCAGUUGCACCUACCUAGUGCAGGCGUCACCGACUACGGCAAGAUGUCCAACUUUGGCUUCUACCGUUCCAGGACCUCUUGGCUGGAAAUCUUCAUCAACGGGGAGCCAGCCAGAUUGGCCCAGUACCCUAAUGAGAAAUUCCUGAACGUCGACUCUGUUCCUGGUGGCAGGCGUGGCAAGGUCUUCACCUACAGCACGUCCGAAGACUCCAGAUGGGUGCACGAGAAGGAACCAUGGGCUUACGGCUUCUGGUAUUACAGCUGGGCGGACGAUGCUGCCAGUAUCAGCCACAUCGACACACACAAACAUCAGAUCACACUGGCAACUGACACACACUAUGGACUCAGAGUAGGUCAUUACAACCCUGCCCAUCUGGCCUAUGCUGACAAUCAGGGUGGUUACUUCCGGGUAUUCAACAUGCUCUCAGAGCUGGAUCAGCCGGGAGAGUACUAUCUGGACCGAUCCAAUGGCAACCUGUACAUAUGGCCCAACACAAGGACCGGCACCUUGGCCUCCUCUGACAUCAUCACCGUGUCCCUCAUCAACGACUGCAUCAGCAUGGCUCAAGGAGUGGGAAACCUCAAUUUCGAGGGGUUUACUUUGGAGGCGUGUCGCCACGAGGGCAUCACGGGAAGCAAUCUACACAACAUCCACGUUCAGAACAUGGAAAUAAAGAAUAUGGGUUCGUAUGGCGUCCAUUUUCCCGGAAGUAGCCAUGUCACAGUAUCCCGGUGUGACGUCCAUUACACCAACGGAGGCGUCGCCGUCAGCGGUGGAGAUCGGAAGAAGUUAACGCCCUCUGGCAACGUGGUCGAAGACAAUCAUAUUUGGAAGUUUGCCCGUGUCGGGGGCGUUGGUUACAACGCGGUUUCUAUCGGCGGCGUUGGCAACGUGGUCCGUUACAACCACCUGCACGACGGCCAAUACACAGGAUUGAUGUGGGGGGGUAACGACAACAUGAUGGAGUACAACCACAUUCACCAUAUGUGUGCGAACAGCACUGAUUGUGGUGCAGUGCAUUCUGGCAGAGACUGGGCCGCACGUGGCAACGUGAUACGAUACAACUACAUCCACAACGUUGUGAAGAACAUGCCGGGGGCAGAGAACAGAGGCAUCAUGCUGGACGACCAGUACUCCAGCGUCACCAUCGAGCACAACGUCUUCUUCCAGAACCAAUACCACGUCAACAUUGGGGGUGGCCGUGACAACAUCAUACGCUACAACGUCUUCUACGAUGCCGUCAACUACCCCAUCAACGUGGACGGCCGUGGUCUCAAUCACAAUAGCAACCAGGCGACGCUCUUUAACACUAUAAAGUCCUAUCCCUACACAAGCAAGCCGUGGUCAGACAAGUACCCCAAACUGGCCUCCAUCAAGUCCAAUCAACCUAUGGCACCUAUGGGCAAUCAGAUCUACGAUAACGCCUACUACAACAAGCGUGGACCGAAUGUCGUUGAAUACCAUGGCUCUGGUCUUGACAAGAAGGAAUACUUUGACAUUCAUGAUAACUUCAAGGCCAAUCCUGCUGAUUUUUGGUCGCCUCGUGAAUAUGACUUCCGGUUCCGGUGUUCAGCAGAUUCCUGGGCCAGACAAAAGUCAGUUCCCCAGCCUAUCGAUAUAGAUGAUGUAGGACCACGCCAACCAACGGGACCUAGAUAUAUGCAGAAAGCUAUCCCACAGCAUCACAGCACGUCACAUCCGGCUUCAUGCGACGGAUCUAUCAUUGGAUAAUGCCCACCUAGGUCUUUACAAAAAAAUGGUACAAGACGACGUGCGUGUUUGUAAUAAUGUGAAUAAAGCUUCAGACAUA